AUGGAUACCGACACACGAACAAUUUACAGCAAGAAAGACAUUGGUGAGAAGAUUUCUGAGUACUUGGCUGAGCAAGGUUUAUCAAGACGAGAUGGGAAAGGUGUAGAGACCCAGAUACGUACACUUGAAGCAGGCUUCACGCUUGCUCAAGACUUUCGCAGUGGAACUGGACAAGGUAUUUUGGAAGAUUUUGAGCAACAAGCUCAAACAGAGAAAUCCGAGAUGGGCUACUCAUCUGAUAGUGAUGAGUGGAAGGCGAUUCAGCAAACAACUAAAUCGAAGUUUGACCAGCUCUUGUUCCAACGUUCGAUUUAUUACUAUGAUCUCCUACCUUUCAUGUCAACACGGACUAACGUCAUACCCCAGGCAGUUCGUGAAAGUGGGGAUCAUUUAGAUGAAGAGACUGUUCUUCCUUCUACAAAGCGUGCACGCAAUCAGUCUCCGAUCAGCAUCGUAUCCUCAACACACGAAAGCCAUGAAAUUGAAACGACUCCUUGGGAAAGUCCUCUUGACCUAGACGAAGCAAUCACUCAGAUUGUAGUUGACAGUCCCGGCUCUUUUUCAGCUUCCCAAAACCGACAAGGUUCACCUACACCAAACAAUUUAAACAAGAAAGGAGGGAGUGGCCGCCCACCUGGCCGGCCCUCCAAACGUCCCAACUCACUUCAAUUCAAUAAUCAAGGAGCAAAGUCGACCUCCAGCUCGGCCUCAGAUGUACAACAACUCCUAGCAUCUCACCUACCCUCACGAGAAGAAAAAGCUGAGAAGAACAAGCUAGAGAAAGAGCGAUGGAAUUUUGAGGAAAAGUAUAUGAAGGCAGAGCAAGAAGCACGAAAGGAAGAGAUCCAAACUCAGGCUAAACUGGCUGAUGCAGUUGCACGUCACCUUUCAGGAGCAAAUGAUGGUUUAGACACCGCUGAACGUGCUCAACGAUCUCAACUUAAACUUGAACAAGAUCGAGUUCAGCUUGAACUUUCACGAUCUCAGUUGGCUCGCAGUCGUGAAGACCUCAUCACCGCCAGGAGUGAACGUAAGUUGUCUAUGUUGGCCAAAUACAAGGCAUUGGGUUUUUCAAUUGAGGAAGCUAAAAAGGAAGUAGAGGAGGCUGAAGAUCAAAUUCGAACUUAUCCAAUGCCGCUGAUAGGGGACCUGGAAGGAGAAUCUCAAGGAUCGAUUUGA